CCACUUGUCAUUCUUUGCCUAACCAACCCUUCUUUCAAACUGGUCUAAGAAACAAAUUUUCCCGAGAAAAAAAAAAAAUUUCCCCAGAAAAUGAGUUCGGAACGCUAACUGGCGACUCUGAGACGAUGAUGUCGAUCCCGUGGCCCCGUCUCAAAUUCGAACCACAACAAAAUUCUCUCUCCUUUUCUUAAUGGAACGAGACCGAACCCUGUCCGCAGAGCCGAAGAAGAGCGAUCCCGAAAAUGUGAAGGUGAUCGAAUGGGAAGAAUUCGAGCAAGAGCUUGUGAGGUUGUGGAGUCUUUCUUCUGCGCUCAGCGAAGCUCAGGAGAAGAAACAGAGUCUUCAGCGGAAGCUCGAAUCUCUCAUUGAGGUUGAAGCCGAGUCAUUGAGUCGAUCAAAUGAGCUUGAGGAGAUGCACCAGAAACUGGAGGCUAGAAAAAUGGUGUUGGGAAACAUGUCGAGGCAUUCUAUGCUUGCUGUGGAAGAUACUAAAAAGAAAGAGGAGCAGCUUAGUAUAGAGCUUAGGUCGCUAUUGGUUGCUGGGACGGCUCUAUCAGUUGCUAGGAAGCGGUUGGAGGAAUCAAAUCGGCUACUUUCCACAGAAAAGGGGUAUGUUCGUCUUAAAAACUUGCAGAAGAUGCUAAGAAGGAGACAACAACAUAUGAUAUCACAAGUUUCAUUGCUCUAUCCAGUAAAGUUCACUAUGGGUCCUGCACAAGAACAGGAACUUGAUUCAUUUCCUAACACUAGUAGAUCAGGUAAUUCUGCUCGAUUUAAACCUGCAAAUCAAGGAACAUUGACAAUUUUAGGUCUCCAUUUAACUAUGCUGCCUUUUAAAAUGAUGAGUUUUUUCACCAACAAGAAGGAGGUUCAGAAGUCUGCAACUGCCCUGGGAUAUGUCGGUCAUGCUGUCUUACUUAUAGCUUCCUGCUUAAAAGUUCCAUUGCGUUAUCCAUUGCGCUUGGGUGGUUCACAUUCCUAUAUUAUUGAUUAUGGACCAUCCGUAGAGGCUACUUCAUCUGAUUUGUCAUCAAAUACAGUGGUUUCCACAGAUGUGAAGCAUGUGGAGUUCCCUCUCUUUUUAGAUGGUCAAGACACAACGAGAGCGGCAUAUGCUGUAUUCUUACUAAACAAGGAUUUAGAGCAGCUUUUGAAUUACAUUGGUGUUAAGAGCUUAGGACCACGCCAUGUCCUGGCCAAUUUGAAGGAGCUUGUAAGGACCAUUCAAUCUGUAGAUUAUAUAGAUACGUGAUCUCUCAAGUACCAGUUUUGGCUGUAAGUUAAUGUCAACUUUGUAAAUGUACUAUUUGUAUUUUUACCUUGGUGCAAGUUUUUAGUGGAGCACCUUGCCUUUUAUUUAUACCAAUCCAGAAUUUUGAAUAUUGAUAGGAAAUACGAAUUUAAUGCUAA